AUGGAGGCAGAAGUUGAGCUCGGCCAUCACAGAACACCCGUUAUGGAGGAAGGAGUGGAGCUGCCACUCCGAAACAGGCAGUUCAGCCUACCAGUUUCGCAUGACCAGACGUCCGGGGCGAGGAUGGCAGCUGCCGUAGGUGACUCGGACUCUGAUAUCUCGGACUCUGAUAUCUCGGGUACUGGCAGGUUGAAGGCGGCGCGCGUGGCGUUGUGGGUAUAUACGGCGGCCCGCAUUGUUGCCAACAUCGCAGUGGCUGGGUGGAGCUUUGAUGGCAUUGUGAGGCCAAUUAUCACUGGACUUGGCGUUUAUUUCUUCCUCCGCCAAGGCAGUCGCUUUUCGGAGCGAUUGCCGACCAAUGUUUGGGGCCGCCGGGCCAUAUGCUUUCUGGCAUUGUUUGUAGCAGAUGAAAGUGUGUUGGUGUUCCUCUCUGAUGGUUGGGGUGGUGGCGCAUGCAAGUUGAUCCCGCUUAUCUGGGAAUUCCACGGCAAUGUCAUACAGGUACACAUCAUAAAUCUCAGACUGGUCGUUAUGGGAUACCACAGGACUGCCAGGUUCAGCCAAUGGGUCAUAGGCAUUGCCGCUGCUUGCCUUGCGGUAAGUACCUUUCUAUACAUCACGGCAGACACUCAUCAAGAGUCCCGUGACCAUGUUCAUCAAAUCAACAUGCCCGGCAGCUUGUUUGUUGCUACUUUCCUUGCUGCGACAUUGCCUCUCACCGUGGCCUUGCAGCGUCUUGCAAAACGUGCACAUGACGAGUGCGUCAUAGACGACGGAGAGCAUUGCGGCGAGUAUUUCUUUUCGGGCGUCAGCCUGCAAUGCAGCACGCUUCUCAGAGUGCUGGGACCGGCUUUCAGCCUGCUGUCUUGGCGCGCCAUCCUUGAGCACAUGUUACUUCCGGUCCAAUUAUGGCGGACGCCCAUGAUGUGGGUGAGCGUUGAUGCUGCAACCCAGGUUCUUUCCACACUUCUGACAAGCGGGAUGCUUGGUGACUAUGUUGAUUCGUUCCUGGAGAGGGAACACGAUUCCGAACAGUUUGCUUCUCCAUGGUAUUGGGACUGGAUUCAUGGCUUGCCUGCUUUUCCAGGAAAAAUCAGGCCAGAGCCCAGCGAAUGCGUAGUGUGCUUUCCUGCCAGGAUUUACCCAGAAUUGUGGCACAAAGCUCUUGCCAGUGCUCAGCAAAGUGAUGGAUGCUCGCUUGCUGAUGUUUACCUGAAGGACCAUGCUUCUGGUGUCGGGUGCCACGCUGAGAAUGACCUACCGGGAGGUUGCUGGUGUCACUCCAUCUAUGGCAAGUUGUCUGGGAACGACUACAUGAGGGACUUUGACGAAGAGUCAAUCUCUUGUAGCGGCGAUCGGCAGGAAGAGGAGCGCGCUGUGCAAAGGCACCUCCAGUUGGAAAACGAACUUGCGGAACUUCUGGGGCAGGUGUUGGUUACAAGAAAAAGGGGCAUCAACAGACAGACGGCACUCGAGUGGUGUUGGGAGCAAGUGCAGGCUCUGGAAAGGGCAAAGUUGAAGUGCAAGGCAAACAAUGGCAGAGCUCCUUGGGGCUGCAUGUGGUUCGAAAAUUGGCGGAAGAACGUGGAAGAGGCAGUCUCGCAUGGUCACACGCUCCAUGUAUUCUACACAGAAGGGCGGGUUGGCCAGGGCAAGUUGUCAUGGCACAGCCUGUCCCAUGCAGAGGAGGAGGUCAGGCAUCAGUAUUGUGGCCUAGAAGAGUUUUAUCAGAUUCCUCAGGUUGCAUACCUAGAACACAUGGGAUUGCCUUUUGAGGAACACGACAUUCUGGACUUUGAAGUAUUUUUCCUGAGGCAGAAUUCAUCUUCAGCAAAGAAGGAACUAGCUGGUGGUGGCUUGGCAUGCGACAAACGAGUGGCUUUUCCAGGCAAAAUUAACCUUGAGGCCACCAAGUGCAUAGUCUCGUUUCCGGGCAUCUACAGCCAGCAAUGGGACAAGGCCGUCUCAAUCGUCCAGAAGGAGGAUGUUUGCUCUUUGGCUUGCGUGUUUCUCACAGACACUGAUUCUGGCCUAGGUUGCCAUGCUUCCAAUCCUGACACACCGGGCCGCUGCUGGUGCCACAUCAUCUACGGGCAAGUGCCUGCAAGUAACUACCUUUGUGUCAUUGAUUUGGUUGACAAGCAAAUGACUGAAGAUGAGCUAGCCUUCACGCAGGCGGAUGCUGCAGCCAUGGGUAAGGUCGUUCUAAUCAGACAACAUCAAAAUGAGCCUGAGUGGCUGGAUGAACUGUCCCGUGCUAGGAAGGAUGCCGAGGAACGCUGCAAAGCAAACCAUGGCAAAGCUCCAUGGGGCUGUAUGUGGUUCGAGAAAUGGAAGUUGAACGUGGAUGAGGCAGCACUGAAGUAUGGGCAGGAACUCCAGGUCUUCUACUUUGAAGGCAAAGUGGGGUGUGGCAAGCUUGACUGGGAGAAGCUUUGUGAUGGAGAGGAACGGAGAAAGGCACGCGAGAGCACGGGCCUGGGGGCAUCGCAGACGGCUGAAGUGGCAUACCUGGAGAAGGUGGGUUAUAAACACUACGAAAAAGAUAUCUCGGAUUUUGAGAGCUUUCUUCUCCAGAGGAGAAUGUCGCAUAUGAAGCCAGCGCAUACAGCCUAG